AUGGCUGACCCAGAGGAUGGUGAUGAUCUCUUCGCGGAUCUUUAUGAUGCCGAUGAAACGACAAACCGCACUACUUCAGCCGCCGAGGCCCCAAAGCCUGCUGAUCCAGUCGCAACAAGCGCUGCGCCUACUGGGGAUUCUGCCACCCAGGGCUUUGAAUCUGCUCCCGUCGCCGCAUAUGAAUCGCAGCCCGCCGCCGGUCAGGCUCAGUCUUCAGGGUUCGAUACUGGCUACAACAGCGGUUCUGGAAAUGCCUAUGGUGCUCCAGCCACCACAGAAGCUCCUGUCGAGACCGAGUCUCACGGCACAGGUAUCAAAGAAGACGGGUAA